GAUAGUUGAAUAUUUGCGUGUAAUUUAUAUUACCGCUAAUUGUGGUUUUAUGUUUUCAUCUAUUAAAGUUUUAAUGUUUAUAUAUAAAAUACUUUAAAAGUUUAUAUAUCGCGAGAAAUGAUGUUAUAUAGUGAAUAUAGAAUUUUUUAAUGCUUAAUACUUGCGUCUUCGCUUGCCAAUCGACAAAGUGGGCAUCAUUAGCAUAUAUGAAUGUAUGUGUGUACGUAGAGCAUUUAAUCAAAACGUUUAAUUGAGACAUGAAAGCAGUCGACGUCGCUCACCGGCUAUUGCCCGGUAUUAAAUGGCUACACGGCUAUACGGCGCAAGAUGCUAUAGCCGAUCUGAUUGCUGGUAUUACAGUGGGCUUAACGGUAUUGCCGCAGGGUCUUGCUUACGCGACAUUGGCUGGACUGGAACCACAAUAUGGUCUCUACUCUGCAUUCAUUGGUGGCAUCGUGUAUGCCUUUUUGGGCAGCUGUCGCCAGGUGACUAUCGGUCCAACAGCGCUUUUGGCGCUCAUGACUAGCCGACACACAAGUUUCGGUCUGAACUCUGGUCCAGCUUAUGCGAUAUUAUUGUGUUUGAUCUCCGGACUUGUCGAGUUUCUGAUGGCUGUGUUGCGCUUAGGUGCGCUUGUGGACCUAAUUUCAUUGCCAGUAACUGUGGGUUUCACCUCUGCGACGGCGGUCAUCAUCGGCACUUCACAGUUGAAAGGCCUGCUUGGUAUUCGUGGCGGCGGUGGCGGUUCCGGAUUUAUGAAAACAAUGGAGUCGGUUUUUACGAAUUUAGACAAAAUACGUUAUGGUGAUUUUACUUUGGGCAUUGUUGCUAUCACCAUUUUGCUUUUGUUGCGGAAAUUGAAGGAUGUCAAAAUACCCGGUCGUCGCAUUCUAAGCGGCACACUUUGGGUCGUCGCAACCGGCCGUAAUGCUUUGGUAGUGCUUAUUGCCAGUAUUUUAGCUUACAAUACAUGUGAAACACACGAGUCGUGUCCGUUCGUGUUGACGGGUAAAGUGAAAAGCGGUUUUCCCGAUGUCGAAUUUCCAAAAUUCCAUACAACAAUACAGGCAGCGAAUGGUACUGCAAUUGAUCAAGACUAUAAAGAUAUGUUAAAGGAGCUUGGUCCAUCCAUGAUUAUACUGCCAGUAAUUGCCGUGCUGGGCAACGUCGCCAUCUCGAAGGCAUUCAGCAGUGCCGGCAUAAGUCCAACACGCGAACUGGUGGCGCUCUCGCUCAGCAAUGUGGUCGGUUCGUUUUUCUCUUCAAUGCCCGUCACUGGUUCCUUCUCGCGCAGCGCUGUGAAUCAUGCGAGUGGUGUGCGCACACCCAUUGGCGGUUUCUAUACCAGCGCUUUGGUGUUACUGGCGCUCGGCUUGCUUGCGCCCUACUUUCAGUACAUACCGAAGGCAGCGCUGAGCGCAGUCAUCAUAUCGGCGGUGAUAUUUAUGAUUGAAUUUGAGGUUGUCAAACCACUUUGGCGCUGCAGUCGUCGCGAAUUACUGCCUGGCGCUAUAACAUUCGUUGUCAGCCUUGCGAUUGGCGUAGAGCUCGGCUUGUUGUUGGGCGUGGGUGUAGAUGUGGCUUACCUGGUGUAUCGUGCCGCACGUCCGGCGCUUACUGUCUCCAAAUUGAGGACCACCAAUGGCACAGAGUACAUACUCAUGCGUCCCAUACACAGUUCACUCUACUUCCCCGCAAUCGAGUGGGUGCGCACUGGCAUAUCGAAGGCUGUCGUCAUGCACGGUACGGCGCCUGUGGUCCUGGAUUGCUCCAAUAUGCAUGAGCUCGAUUUUACGGCUGCGCGCGGCAUGGGCGCUUUGAAUAAAGAGUUAGCUAGCAAAUUUGUGCCAUUCUUUCUGCUAAAAGCUUCUAAAGAAAUCUGUGUUGUACUUAAAGAAUCGACAAAUUGCGAUUUUUCAACGAUAGAAACACCAGAUGAUCUGGAAUAUAUACUAGAAAAUACGGCAUCGAUCGACGAUCAUCGCUUGCAAGUUACCAUUCCGCUAAUUUCUGCACAAACUAAAGUAAAUUGUGGUGAUUCCACGACGAUUGAUGGCGGUGGCGGUGGCGGACAUUUGUAGAUUUAUAUACAACAUGUAGAUUUUAUAGCAUAUUUAAAAUUUAGAUUAGUUUAAUGAAGCAGUAAUGUAAUAUUUUGCGAAUUGUUUCUAAACGGUUUCCUUGCAAUAUUUGGCUAAUGCUGUUCUAAGUAUUUUUACAUUCAUGUACAUUUGUGUUUUAUAGCUAUAAAAUUGUAGUUUUUUUGUUUAGCAAAUUUAACUGUAUUUUGUUGAGAAGUUCGACUUUCUUAAUUUGGAUAAAUUUUGCAAAGUCUAUUUACCGCUUUUUACGGUUAAUAUUGGCAACUGCGUGGCGACUCAAUUGGAAAUGGAUUCUUAGGAAAAUAGAAGCGCAAAUUUUUUUAUAAUACAAUGUGUAUUGAGAGAAUCAUUUUAAAUCGAAAAUUAUAAUUUAUUUAUAUCUUUUUUUAUAUAAAUUUUUUUUUUAGUUUUCCGUUAUUUUUUGGUUUUUUUAUUUAAUUAGUUCUAUUUAUUAUUUUUAUUUUUUUUUUAAUUUUGCACAUUUUUUUUUAUCCAUUUGAUGCUAAAAUUUAUAUUUUAAUUGUGCCAUUUUACGAUAAUUCACUGUUUUUAGUUUAAUAUUUUAAUAAAAAAUUAAUAGUAAUUAAUAUUUUUAAUAAGAAAAUUGUGUAUAAUCGAUUUUAUAUAUUGCAAAAAUCUUUUUAAAUGAAAAAUUAGAAUUUAUAUAGAUUUUUUUUUGUUUUUAUUUAGUUUGUUUUUUAGUUUUCGGUUAGUUUUUGGUUUUUAUUUUUUAUAUACAUAAGUAUAUACUUUUUUUUUUAAAUUUUCAAAAUUUUGUAUCGGGUUGAUUUUAUAACUUAUAUUUUAGUUUUACAAUUUUAUGAAAAUUCAAUAUUUUUAGUUUACGUUUUCAAUAAGAAUAUUGUUUAAAAUAAAAAAAAAAUUGUUUAUGUUAAAAAAUUAUGUUUUAAUUUUACGAUUUUAUGAGAAUCCAUUUUUUACGUUUAUUAUUAAUUUAAUUUUUUCUUAAAAUUUUAAUUUUAAUUUUACGAUUUUAUGAAAACUAUUUUUUAGUUCAUAUUUUUUAUUAAGAAAAUUUUAUUUUUAUUUUUUUUUUAAUUUUUUUUUUUUAAUUUUUAUUUUAAUUUUGCAAUUUCAUUUGAAUCCAUUUUCUUUUGUAUUGAGAAGGUAUCGUCAUUUUAUAUUUACCAUUGAAAAGCUCUGUACACAAUUUCAUAUGGUUUUUGUUCCAUUUUUACACACUUCAUCUUAAAAGUUAGGUUAAGUUUUAAGCACAAUUUGGUUUAUGUAAUAAAUAAAUAUUUAUUUUUUGUAACCAAAAAUCAUGUAAAAGUGAGUUAAACAUUUUUUAUUGAAAUAAAUGGUUUUAUACUAUUUUUCUAAGUGUA